AUGAAUAUCGUACAAGAGCUGGCUUCUUCAAGAGAUGAAGCAUUGAAGUUAUAUACAAAUGCAUUAAAUUCCAAUGUCAUAAGUCGGUAUGAUCCUGCAUUUAAGCAGCUUUUAUGUUACACAUCUCACUGUGUGAUCUACAAAUUCAACGAUGAAAGUGAUGAAUGGGUGAAAACAGACUUUCAAGGAGCAUUGGCCUUGUAUGCUCGUGAUCAGCUAUCUAAGUCAAGUCUUCAGAGGAUAGAAUCUUUACAAGAUUUGCAGACCAUUUUAUGUUUUGGGCUUAUUCUAUUAAACCGAAAUAAUCCAGAUUGUUUCUCAUUAGGACUAGUGCCGAACGAAAUAAGUAGGUUGUGUUCAUAUUCAGAUGAUUUUGCUGUACAUGAAAUGGAUGUCGAGUUGAACGAUAAUCUAAUUAUUGUACGAAAUUUAUUAGGCGAUAUCUACGGAUUAUGGGUUUUCAACGAGGCUGAUCGGUUGGUGCUUCUAGAAACGAUAAAGCUUUGUCUUAAUAGUAGCUCCCCUGACUCUCAAUGA